UUCUGACACAAACCAAACGACCCUAUCUAUCCGCAUUGGUUUUCUUCUCUCAUUUUCAACUUUCAAUUGCCCUCUUCUUCCCACCAACACUAGUAGACGUAGUGGAUUUUGGUCCGUGUAUGCAACGAAGGAGCCACGCACGAACACGAUGCCCCUAACUACCCAAAUCCUAAUCAUCAUCAUCAUCAUAUCAUUACAUAACACAUAAACAUAACAUCAGUUUUCCAUUUCUCACUCUCUUCUCUUCUCUGACGCUCUCUCUAUGGCUUCUUCUCUUUCCCCUUCUUCCACUUCCCUCGACCAAACCCUCCGCGACGUCGACGACUACGUUUUGGAAAAUAAAUCAGAAGAUUUGUCAUGGGACACACUACAUUACGUGUACGAGCUUGUGCAGAAUGGCAAUGCUGCGUUUCGAGGGAACAGAUUGGAAGAGGUUCGUUUGCUAAUAUAUACACUCUUUUUAGGGCAAUCAAUUAUUACUCAAGAGCCAAUAACAUCAAAUCAGGUGAUCCAAUCAUCCUCAGCAAUCGAAGUGCAGCUUAUAUUAGGAUUAGCCAAUAUUUCAUGCGCAGAACACCAUCAUCUUCAGAAUGUAGGCCUUUGAGUGGACUUGAACCCACAACACUUGCUGAAUUGGCUUUGAAGGAUGCUGAGAAGCUUGUUGAACUCCAAAGUAAUGCAGCAAAACCAUAUCUUUUAAAGGCCAAUGCUCUUCUCCUGUUAGAGAAAUACGAAAAGGCCCGGGAUGUUAUUCUUUCAGGCCUUCAAGUUGAUCCUUUUAGUAAAUCUCUUCGGGAAUCUCUUCAAAAUUUAGAAAGAGUUUCAUCUAGUUCAACAGGGAUGAGUACACAUGGACAGCCUGAGCGUAAUGAUGAUUUUGAUUGCACUCUCUGCCUGAAGUUAUUGUUCGAACCUGUCACAACCCCUUGUGGACAUUCUUUUUGUCGUUCAUGUCUAUUUCAGUCAAUGGAUCGUGGAAACAGAUGCCCAUUGUGCAGGACAGUUCUGUUUAUUAGUCCCAGAACAUGUUCCAUCAGUGUGACACUGAAGAACAUCAUACAAAAGAACUUUCCUGAGGAAUAUGCUGAAAGGAAGCAAGAGCAGGAUGGCUUAACCAACACUGGUGUUGAUUUACUCCCCCUUUUUGUCAUGGAUGUUGUCAUACCAUGUCAAAGGUUUCCGCUCAAUAUAUUUGAACCUCGAUAUAGACUCAUGGUAAGAAGAAUAAUGGAAGGCAAUCAUCGGAUGGGAAUGGCUAUACUUGAUUCUUCAUCAGGUUCUUUAGCCGAGUUUGCCUGUGAAGUGGAAAUCACCGAGUGUGAACCACUUCCAGAUGGUCGUUUUUAUAUAGAGAUUGAAAGUCGUAGGAGAUUUCGAAUCAUCCGAUCGUGGGAUCAAGAUGGGUAUCGGGUUGCAGAGGUUGAGUGGAUACAGGAUAUUUUGCCACCAGAAGGAACUAGUGAAAGAGAUACUUUACUGGAAUUGACAUGUAAUGCAGCCGAAAGUGCUCGAUCAUGGAUAGCAAGAGCUAAAGAAGCAGCAGGACAUGAUCAAAGAAAACUUGAGAGACUCGCCAGUAUUGAAGUAAUGAUGCCCUCAUUAAAAGACCCUGAGCGCUUUAGUUUUUGGCUUUGUACCCUCUCCAAUAGGAGGCCUGCGGACAGAUUGGAUCUCCUACGCAUCAGAGAUACCACGGAGAGGAUUAGACGGGGCCUGAUAUUUCUCCGACAAGAAGAACAAGGCUGCAGAAUUCAGUAAGACAAGCUUUGAAGGGCUUCCAUUAUUAUUGCGAUUGAAUAUUUAUUAAAUGUAAAUGAACAUUUGUUCAUUGCAAAUUCAUUUACAAGUCACUCAAUAUUCUUCGUCCUCGUAAAUAACUGUUGAUGAGGUCAUUUUUGUGUAACAUAGGAUUGAACCCACUUUUUCUAGUAUAUAUAAUUAAUGGUUGAGUUA